UUCCCCAAGCAAGGCCAGUGGUUCACACAACAUCUAGCACGUCAGUUGCUGUCUGGCCGUCCUUGCACGCGUACACAAGUGUUUCGAAAACAAUAACAGCAUUUUGAGUUUUUUUUCAUCAUCCAAACAUGUCUACGCUGGAUGAAUUGUGCUCAAACUUGCCCGUCGAUCCACUACCACCGGCCAGGAAACGAAAUGCAGCCAUACCGCACGCUCCUGUUCGCAAUCAUCGACUCAACCCAACAGAGCAGAAGUUGGCCGUACGCAAUGCGUUGCGUUACUUCCCACCUGCUACGCACGUUGAACUUGCAGCGGAAUUUACGGAUGAAUUGCGAGACUACGGCCACAUUUACAUGUACCGCUUCAUGCCGACGAUUGCUAUGAAAGCUUAUCCGAUAUCGGAGUACCCUAGCCGGACUAAGACGGCGGCCGCCAUUAUGCAUAUGAUUAUGAAUAACCUCGACCCCCGCGUCGCCCAGUUUCCCGAAGAGUUGGUCACUUACGGAGGCAACGGUCAAGUUUUUUCCAAUUGGGCCCAAUUCCGGCUGGUGAUGCACUAUCUCGCUGAAAUGACGGAUGAGCAGACCCUCGUCAUGUAUUCUGGACAUCCGCUCGGAUUGUUUCCUUCCACCCGUCACGGCCCUCGGGUGGUCAUCACUAACGGCAUGGUCAUUCCGAAUUACUCGAGUCGCGAUCACUACGACAAAAUGUUCGCCCUAGGAGUCACAAUGUACGGCCAAAUGACGGCCGGCAGUUACGUUUACAUCGGACCCCAAGGCAUCGUUCACGGCACAACUUUGACUGUGCUGAACGCUGGCCGCAAAUACCUCGGCCUGAACGAUCUUUCGGGCAAGGUCUUCCUCACGUCGGGUCUUGGCGGAAUGAGUGGGGCUCAAGCGAAGGCGGCUACAAUCAGCGGAUGCGUCGGCAUCAUCGCCGAGGUCAGUUACGACGCGCUGAAGAAACGCUACGAUCAAGGCUGGGUACUGGAAAUGAUGGACGAUGUCGAUCGGUUGGUGGAACGCGUCAAAACCGCCCGUCUCAACAAAGAAGUGACGAGCAUCGGAUUCCACGGCAACGUCGUCGUCGUCUGGGAGAGAAUGGCCGAGGAGUACGAGAAGACGGGCGAGCUGCUCAUCGACCUCGGCUCGGAUCAAACGUCGUGCCACGACCCGUACUCUGGCGGCUACUACCCUGUCGGAUUGUCUUAUCAAGAGUCGCAAGAUCUCUUAGCGAGCGAUCCGCAACUCUUCCGGCAGCGCGUUCAAGACAGUCUCCGCCGCCAAAUCAAAGCCAUUAACUCGCUAGCUGAUCGUGGCAUGUUUUUCUGGGACUAUGGCAACGCCUUUCUGCUCGAGGCUCAACGUUGCGGUGCCGACGUCAGCGCUCGUGAUGAUCCGACGGGCCUCAAAUUCCGAUAUCCGUCUUAUGUCCAGGACAUAAUGGGGGACAUUUUCUCGCUGGGUUUCGGUCCGUUUCGCUGGAUCUGCACGUCCGGAUUGGAACGGGAUCUAGAAGUGACGGAUAGGAUCGCCCAGGAGGUGUUGGAGACCAUCGUUCGAGAGGGAUUACCUGAUAACAUUGCCGUCCAAUAUGACGAUAACAUCAAGUGGAUCAAAGAAGCCGGAAAGAAUCGGUUAGUGGUCGGAUCGCAAGCCAGGAUUCUAUACGCGGAUCAAAGAGCCCGGGUCACCAUUGCCCUGGCGUUCAACCAAGCCAUUCGAGAGGGCAAAGUGUCUGACUUUAUCGUACUCAGCCGUGAUCAUCAUGACGUCAGCGGGACUGAUAGCCCUUUCAGGGAGACUUCCAAUAUCUAUGACGGUUCUGCCUUCACUGCAGAUAUGGCCGUUCAGAAUUGCAUCGGCGAUUCUUUUCGAGGUGCAACUUGGGUCUCUCUGCAUAAUGGCGGUGGGGUCGGUUGGGGUGAAGUGAUGAAUGGUGGAUUCGGAUUGGUGCUGGAUGGCUCGGACGAGGCUCAUCAACGCGCUGAAAAUAUGCUCAAUUGGGACGUAUCUAACGGAGUCGCUCGAAGGAGCUGGUCAGGCAAUGCGAAUGCCAUUCAGGCCAUACAGAGAGCUAUGGCAGCUGAUCCUAGAUUGAAAGUGACUCUGCCCAACCCAGUGGACGAGACGGCCUUUUGAAUGAUGGGGAAUUGGCAUUCCGAUGAGCGUAAUAACAUUUCAUUUUAAAUCGUUCCAAUAACAGUAGUG